CUUGCCAACUGUGAUUUUUUUAAAAAUUAUUCCAGUACCUUGCAUCCCCCUUCUUAACUAGCAAACUGCUAACUAAAAUUGCUGGAGGGAUUUUGAACCACAGCAAGCAAGGUGAGACUUCAUUUUUACUGCUGCUCCUUUUCCAACUGCCCGGUUGCAACUAAGGCACAGGGGCUGGGAGAAACCUGCGGGGUGAGGGGCGCUUCAGCGAGCCACGCUGCUUUCGAACCACCUCUGAACACACGUUGAGCGCCCACUCGUAGACAAAUGAGAUGAAUUUUGUCCUUUGCCGGCCGCCGUUCGACGUCAUUCCUUUGCCCUCUUUAUUGGGUGAAACCAUACGGCCAAGGAGCGGGGGGGACCAUCCCGGAAUGUGGUUGUGUCCAGGCGAACGUUUUCCCAGCGAGGGUUGCUCAGUUGAUUCCGCCGCAGGUUAUAUUCUCACUCGACCAACCCUUGUCCUCAUGCUGGAAAGGGGGGAACAGCCCUGCAUGAGCAACAGCAAGAACGGAGUGGGCAACAACACACUGAGUAGUAGUGUUGCAGAUUCUCAAGCCUUGAAAGAGAACGCCAAGUCACCUUCCCCCUCGGCUCUGUCUUCUCCACCCGCCACGGAGUCUCCCAAGCCACCUCGUCCCCGCCGCCGGCGGCCUCCUGCUGUCCUACCUUCAGAUCGUCCCUAUCAAUGUAAAGACUGCGGGAAGCGCUUCGUGUACCGCUCCAAGCUGGCCACCCACCAAUGGACUCAUUGCGCCGAGCGCCCGUACAAAUGUCCUGACUGCCCCAAGAGUUUUAGCUACCCAUCCAAGCUGGCCGCCCACCGCCGCACACACACCGGGGAACGCCCCUUCCCCUGUUCCCUGUGCCCCAAGCGGUUUGGACAUCGCUCCAAGCUGGCCGCCCACCAGUGGAUCCACACGCCGGAGCGCCCGUACAAAUGUGCUGAUUGUCCCAAGAGCUUCUGCUACCCUUCCAAGUUGGCAGCCCACCGCCGCACGCACACGGGGCAGCGGCCGUACCCGUGCAGCCGCUGCGGGAAGAGCUUUUGCUAUCCCUCCAAACUGGCCGCUCAUCAACAGAUCCACGCGGCCACCGCAGCGGGGCGCUCUUAUCCGUGCAUGCGCUGCAGCAAGAGUUUCCGACAGCUCCGCAACCUCACCCUGCACCAACGGGUGCACGAGGACGGGGAAGCAGGCGAUGACUUAGCCCAGACCAAGAGCCACAGCAGUGGAGACAGGCCCUAAGGCAGGACUCUGGACACUAAUAGGGCCCAGGGAGAAACUUGGGUAAUUUGAAAACUUGGUAGCUGUGGGACUGUUGUAAAUAAUGGAAUGUUAUGGAGGAGGUGGGGGUUGCACAGUGACCCUCAGCCACCCGUAACGUCUCAGUUCUCAGCUUUGAUGGCAAUGCCAAAUGAAAGGCUCCCCUUCAGAGGCCAAGUUGUGUAUACCGUGCUGAAAACUGUUCUAGUAACCCUGUUUCUGCAGUAACAGAUGGCAUAUUCUACCACCUCUUUUAAGUUACGCGGACUUGUACAUCUUUGUGAUUUGUUUGGCUUAAUUUAACCUUCUGGUUCUCCCAGUCUCACGAAACAACAUGAUCCUACCACUCCAUUGUCCACGUCAGUUCUGUGCCAACGGAACAAAACCACCAUUGAGAUUCAGACACCAACCACAUUUAGGGAAGUGAAUGCCUGCACCCAAACCUCGUUGUAGGAAGAGCAGAAUUCGUAUGUGCUUUGCACAAAGGAAAAACCUCUGUCUGGCUAUAUAUAGUUCUGUUUUAUGCUCAACUGGUGCAUGCUUGUGUCAGAACGUAGAACUCAGCAUACCUGUAAUCCAAGGGUUUAUAAACUUGUGGUAUCUGCAUUGUACAUUAUACAUGGCAUACAUUGCAGCUGCCUUGCACAGCCAACCUGUGGCCAUCGAAAUUGGAGGUUUAAUAUGCAUGAGCUGAGCACAUCAUAUCCCAUCAGGCACGAGCUGUAUCUAGUUUAAGAAAAAGUUUCUGGUUGUUACAAAGGAAAAGCUGAGUCUGAUGUGACAAUUGGUGAAAUCUGCCAGUGGGAUCGCUUAAAUACAAAUUCCAGGAAAGAGUAGGCGGCAUUUAUGUUUAAAGAGUUGUAGAAGCAGAAAAAUAAUUUUGCGAAUUGGUGUAAUCAUGGGCAAUCCAAAUGAAAAGCAGAGCUUGCUUUCCAACUGUUCCAGGGUAACUGUAUGCAUGUGGGAAGUUGUGGCUUCAGAUGUGUGGUUCACGUUGCAUCAAAAGAUGCCACAGGCUACUUCACGAUUACUGUGGGGAGUGUGCUAAGGGUAGGCGCAAGCAUCCGUAGCACGCUCAGAAAGCAGAUUUCACACAUGAAUUUCUCAGGCUAAAAGGGGCUGUCUAAAUUUUAUUUUCACCAUGGUGCGCACACAACUUUAUAGCCUGCUUCCUUGUUACUCCUGCGUGUUUGUUUCACUGUACUGCAUACCUGAAGACACAGAAAUUCUCUGUUUUGCCCUCAUUAUAGAAUAGUUAUGUCCCCUCUUGGAUUUCUCUCUCCACCUGUUUCUCUCCCAUGCUCUUUUAGACCCAAAUCCACCUUCCGCUACUAUCCACCCUUUUUCUCAACAGCUUUUAAAACCCAAUAAUGCAUCUUUCUACUUCCCCCCAAACUAGCAGAGACUGAUUCCCCGUAAUUCUGAGAAGGCAUUUGUUCAGAGUUUUGUGAAAGGCAGGUGGAAGUGUGUGUGAUUGGUUCAUAGUCUGUUUGUAGCUGAUACUAAAAAAGUGAAGCUCCAUUAGAUCCUGGAGUUUUUGUCUUAUUUUUCUUGAAAAAAUAAAAUGUAAAAGCAAACAGUUUUGAAAUUAAGGUAUGCUUGGUACAUGUGAGAAACGUUGGGGUUUUAAGAUAAGUUGCAGAGGGCAGGUCCAGCAUGCUAGAAAGAAUGUGUAUACUGCCAAAGCCACAUUUCUGCAUAUCAGAUGGCAAAGAUAGACACAGAUAGAUGGCCACCAUCUCUUUUAGGAUGCUUAUAAACAGUGAACCAUUUUGCUAGAAAUACUAGGCCGAAUUUAUCGGACAACAAUCUGAUCCAGUAAGCAGUUCUCAACUCUCCUUGCUGAUGCUUAAUACUUAAUGUGUUUUGUUACAAAAAUCCAGAACACCCAGCUUAGAUCUCUUAGCAGUUUCAACUCAUUUUUUUUAAAAGCAAUAUAUCUUCAAAAAAUUGACCCUAACCCUAGGAAGUAUCCAGUGUAUAUUCUGCUUAUUUCUGAAUGCUUUAUCUUUUGGAUAGGCUUUGAAAAUUGCUUACUUUAAGCAUCCAUCUGGGACUCCAUGAACAUGACAAAGCCAGGGCAGAGAGAAAGUACAGCAGACAUGUUGGGAGAGUUUACUGGGCAAUAUUUUACUUUACAACCCUUUCUGCCCUGGUUUUGUUUCGUUGUCUGACUUGGAAGAAUUGGAAGCCGUUUUAGAACUGCCCCUUGCCAUCUGAAACACUAGAAUCUUCUUGUAAAGAUUUAAAGGCA